AUGGAAAAUGUUCUUGUUGAUUAUCACAAUAGUUUAUUAGAUUUAAUUGAAAAAGAAUUGAAUGAUGAUGACAACUAUUCAAUUACACCAGUAUUCAAAAAUUUAAUUAAUGAUUUAAUAUCAAAAAGAGUAUCAAUAUUACAAAUAGCAAAUGAUAGAAAUGGUAUUAUUAUGUUAAAUGAAAAUGAUUGUUUAUUAAUUGAACAAAUAGUACAAACAAGUUUAAUAACUAAAGAUAGUAAUGAUGAAUAUUUUCAAAAAAUGGAUACAGAAUUAAAUUUUGAUUUUCUUUAUAUACAAUCAUAUAUUAUACGAACAUAUUUAUUAUUUAGUCGUAUUAGCUAUGAACAUAUACAUAAUAAAUAUCAAUGUCAUAUACGAAAAAAAUUAACAUCUACAACAGAUAAUAUGGAAUUAUUUGAUAAUACUGGUGAUAAUUAUUCUUUAAAAUUUAAUCAACAGCAAUUAGAAAUAGAAUGGUCACAUUUAAAUGAUACAAUGUUAGAUAAAUUAUAUUGUAGUUAUAAUCUACUUAAUCACAUAUCAUUGAUAUUAAAAAAUAUGAAUGAAAAUGAUUUAUCACAAACAUAUUUAUAUGAUUUUAUUAAUAAUGAAAAUCUAUCUGAUCUUCAUAAACAAUUAAAAGAAUAUGAAAUUAAAGAUUUUCAAUUAUGUUAUAUUGAUCAUGUACGAGAAUUGUAUAAAAGUUCUAUUAGUAGUUUUGAACAUUUAUUUAUUGAUAUACCACAAUUACUUCGUUCACCGAUUGACAAUGUAUUAAACAAUGAACUAAAUCAAAUACUUAAUGUAAUAUUUGACAAUCUUGAUCAUGGUAGUAGUACGGAUGAAAUUCAAUCAACAAUAAAAACAAUAACACAAUUAUUAAAUGAUUUAAAAAUAAUUGAAAAAGUUUUAUUACAAGAAUCAACACGUUCAUUAACAGAAACAUGUCAACUUAUGGGUUAUGAUUCUCCUAUUCUAUCAUUGAUACCGGAGGAGAUAAAAUGUGAAAAUUAUUUAUCUGUUAGUAUAAGUUUACUUCAAUUACGUUCAAAGUUACAAGAAUUAGCUAUUAAUAUUGAUGUAAAACAAACAAUAUUAUGGAGUGAAAAUCAAACACAACAAAUUGAUGAAAGUUGUUUUCAAAACUAUUUGAUCAGUGAAAAACAAGGAGAAAAAGAAGAAAUUUCACAGUCUACAACAUCACACUACGAUGAGGCUCCCAGUAACGAAAACAUAUUAAAUUUUCUUGGUGACUUUUUCGGUAAAGUUUCAACGACUAAUGAACAAAAAGAAGAAGAAAAAGAAGAAAUUUCACAGUCUACAACAUCACACUACGAUGAGAAUCCCGGUAACGAAAACACAUUAAAUUUUCUUGAUGAAUUUCUCGGUAAAGUUUCAAUGACUAAUGAACAAAAAGAAGAAGAAAAAGAAGAAAUUUCACAGUCUACAACAUCACACUACGAUGAGAAUCCCAGUAACGAAAACAUAUUAAAUUUUCCUAGUGAAGUUGAUAAGAUUGACUCAUGUACGAUUCAUAAAACUUUAUUCAAAUUAAAUUUAAAACCUGUUCCAUUAUUAUCAUCGAAACUUAUUAGGAUUAUCCAUGAAAAACGGCAACAGGCUCUGACCUCUACAGCAUCAGCAGCUGCAGCAGUGCCAUCGAUAAAAGCACAAAAAUUUAUAAUCCAACAUUAUAAUGGUACAGAAAAAACAUAUUAUUGGUUACCAGAUAAUUUACAUGAACAAUUAAGAAAAUUAGUUAAUUCAGAUAAAUAUGCUGUCAUUGAGAAACAAAAUCAAAUUUAUGUUGAUAUAAAUGAAAGUAUAAAUAAGAAUAACAAUAAUAAACCAGUAUCAUUAGAAUAUAAAAUUAUUGAAAAAUCAUCGUUAAUCAAUAUUUAUUUUCAAUUUAAUGAAACAACAACAAUAAAAUAUUUAACGACAAAGAAUGUUGAAAUUGAUAAAGUAAUUGAUCGUUUAAUUGAUGAUACAACAGAUAUGAGAACAACAACUAUACUCUGUUUUAUUGAUGGACUUGGAAAAUGUAUUAAUUAUUGUUCUGUUAAUGAUCUCUACCGUACAAGUGAUGAUGAAAUUCGAAUAAAAAUUAUUGAAGAAGAACAUAAUAAUUUAUGUCAAAUUAAUCUUCAUAUAGAAAAAAAAGAUUUUCCGGCAUUAUUUCAUCCAACAACAAAAUGGCAACAGAUCUACUCAUGGUUAAAAACAUUUGAACAAAUAACUAAUAUGAAGGUCAAUAAGUUUUAUUUGUGGAAUAAUAUUCAAACAUGUAUUAUCGAUGAUAGCCAAACAAUUUCCGAAGUAUUCAAACAACAAAAUUAUGAAAAACAACAACAAGAAGCAUCAAUAAUAACAAUUGAUGGUAUUAAUGCUGACGAUACAAUAAAAAUUAGUUUUGGUUAUGAAACAAAUAUUUAUUCUAUUCAAACAUUAAAAUCAUCAAUAAUUUAUGAUUUAUUAAGUAAGAACGAACAAAUAAUAAAAUCUUUAAAUUUAAAUAUAUCUAUUGAUGAUUGUGUUCUAUUAAUUGAAAAUAGUGAUAAAAAACAAAAAAUAUUGUCACAAGAUAAUAUAAAACAACCUGUUGGUGAUAAAAGAUUUGAUGAUAAAAUACCAACACAUUUUCAGAUCUCAACAUUAAUAAAAUUGACAAAACUUGAUGAUAACCAAACUGUUGAAGUACCAAUAUCCAAUAGAAAUAUAACAAUUACAGAAUUAUUAACAAAAUUUUCUAUGACAACAACAGCAACAAGUAAUGAAUAUAAAUAUUUGACAACGAUGAAUACACAUCAAAUAAUUGAAAAUAAUCAAGAAAUUGUUUCAAAUUUAUGUGAAACAAAAUUUUUACUUGUUAAAGAAGAUGAAACAUGUUUAGUUUCAGUUGAAAAAUUAAGUAAAAAUUAUAAACGUUUUUUAAUUAAUUCAACAAUAUCAGAUGUCUAUAAACAAUGUCAAAUUAAAAAUGAACAAUAUCUGUUAUAUUCAAAUGAUUUUAUACCGUCUAAAGAGCUACAAUUAUCAUCAUUUUUACCAUCGCCGUCAACAACAAUACAAUUCACACUGGUUAAUAGAAAUUUACCAGUAGUUAUUAAAAUUAUAAAUAUUCAUGCAGAAUGCAUUCAAUUUAAUUGUUCACACUCAAUCACAUGUGAACGUUUAUGUCAAAUAAGUUGUCUAUUAUUUAAAGAAAAUGUGGAAUUUUAUGCAUUAGAAUAUGAUGGAUCCGAAGUGGACGCCACAUUAAGUUUAGAACAAAUUGAUGACGAUGCUAAAGAAUUUAUAUUUCAAUUAGUUUGUACAGCCAAAAUGAACUGUUUAAUUAAAUAUGAAAUGAAAUCAAUUAAAUUACCUUGUCAUUUGGAUACAACAGUAUUACAAUUACAUCAACAAGCUUUAGAGAAAUUUCAUAUUAAGGAUACACAAACAGAAUUAGUGGUCAUGGAUGAAGAUCAAAUCGAACUUAGUGAUUCAAAUAUACGAGUAGAAGAUAUUUGUUUAUUGUUUCCAGAAGGUUCAGAAGAGAUUCAACUGGAAAUUAGAAGAAAAGAAAUAUAA